AUAAAGGAUAUUGUUAAGGAGGCCUACUAAAGUUGCUAGAACUAUUCCUUUUUUUGCAGUUUGGAACAAUAAUAGGAAACCACAAGGAAGUACACCACAGAUACAGAUCCACAUGAAAGUUGGAAUCAAAAGAAACAGUUCAUGCAUUGUGCAGGCAUGGGAGCCCUGUGACUGCUGAGUGAGGAAAUUACAAAACAAAAACCCAUGUUGGACUUUAUUCAGGCAAGUGGGUAACAACUGGAAGUCACCUUACCUCAAUCUGACCUGCACCAAAUGGGAAAUCUUUACAGCUUCUGUUCCUCAUUUUGGAUUUAAGCUUCUUCCUCUACUGAUUGCACACCAUUAUUUUAAUCUAAUAUUGAUUCCUCCGAAGGAUGAUUUGUCCAAAAAAACCUUUAGAAUAAAGAUGCUUCUAAGUUUGUUAACACUGAUAAUUUUCUACAUCCCACAUACUGAGGCAGAUGGACUUGUUCAUCUGAAUGGAGGGAUUAUAGUUGGUAGGGGGCAACAUACAUACGUGACAGACAAUGACCUGCAGUUCAACAUUCCCAAAACCAAAGACUCCUGCAAGGUCGAGGUUGUACUGAAUGAACCUAUAACACAACGAGUUGGAAAAUUAACUCCUCAGGUUUUUGACUGCCAUUUCCUCCCUCAUGAAGUGAAAUAUACCCAUAAUGGCUGCCCUCUGUUAAAGGAAGAUAACGUGAUGUUAAGGAUCUAUGGAUUCACAGAAACUCAGACAUUUAUGGAAACAUUUCUAUUGAACAUACAAAUUACAGAACCAAAAUCCAGUAUAAUCAAGUUUGGAUUGGUUGGCCUUCAGGUUCAAGAGUUUUACGGGAUAUCAAAUCCUAUUGACAAAAAUGUUGUGUCUUUCAAGUACGACGCAAACAUAACUUGUACGGUAAAAUUGUUAUCAACAGAGGCCUUUGUUCCAGCCCAUGGUCAGCUUAUUGCUGAUGAUCCGAGGUAUCAUGACCAAGGACAGGUACGAGAUGAUGUGCUGAAGCAGAACGUUAGAAAAGUAAGACAGGCUAAAAUAACAUGUCCCAACAACAAGGCUUGCCUAACUGGUGUUAAGGAAGUGCGAUUCUUAAAGGUUAAUUGUGAAGAGUUCCUAGCAAUGGAGCUGAAAUAUCAACACCUCAGUCCACCCUCUCCUGAUACUGACUAUAUUCCAAUUAGAGUCGAAGUCAGAGAUAAAAGGACCAGAUACCUCCUUCAGGUAGAAAAUGCUUGGAUUCAAGUUAACAUUAAAGGUGCAGUCCCAAAUCAGCAACCCAAAGCCGCCUUCAUGUCAAUGUACAUCCUGGAGGUUGAUCAAUUCAUUCUGACACCAUUGAGCGUUGCAGCUAUUGAUGCAAAUGAUGAUGAAACACCAAAGGACAGGCUGGUUUUCAACAUCACCAACCCUCCUAUAGAAGGAUACUUAACUCACCUGGAUGACCACACCAAAUCCAUCACAUCUUUCAGCUGGCAGGAUUUAUAUGAAAUGAAAAUAGCAUAUCAACCUCCUAACGUUAGUCAUACUGAAAGGAGGAAUUAUGAGGUUGAUUUUAAAGUAAUAGACACUUUUUUUGAAGUCAGUGCUACUAUCAUGGUUCAUUUUUCAAUAAGAACAGCAGAGACAAAUGCACCAAGAGUUUCUUGGAACAUGGGUCUGGACUUACUGGAAGGUCAAUCUCGACCAAUUACUUGGGAAAAUUUUCAGAUCGUAGACAAUGAUAAUAUUAAUGAUGUACGUUUAAUAGCAGUGGAAGGACUCCAGCAUGGACGGCUCACAGUAAGAGGUGGCAAAGGAUUCAUGUGCACCAUUGAGGACAUUAAGGAAGGAGUUGUGCACUAUCACCAUGAUGAUAGUGAUACGACCAAAGAUUAUAUUGUAUUCCGAAUCUUCGAUGGCAAACACACUACCAGACACAAGUUUCCAAUUAACAUUUUGCCCAAAGAUGACAGCCCUCCCUUCUUAAUUAACAACCUUGCUUUUGAACUAGCAGAAGGAGCAUCUAUAUUAAUAGAAAACCAUAUGCUACUGUCUUCCGAUUUGGAUUCAAGUGAUGAUUACAUAUUGUACAGGAUUAUAGUUCCACCCAAAGCUGGAGAGAUUGUGAAAAAAACUUCAUCAGAUCGACUGGGUCAUCCUGUGACUAGUUUUCUACAGAGGGAUCUGUUCCGUGGUCUGAUUUAUUAUCGUCAUUCUGGGAGCGAAAUAUUUGAGGAUUUAUUUGAAUUUAUUCUGUGGGAUAGCCAUGAGCCUCCAAACCUUUCAGACCCUCAGAUAACAAUGGUCCGUAUAAUGCCAGUGAAGGAUCAGUUACCUAAAGAAGUUGAUGGUGCUACACGCUAUUUGGUAACAAAAGAAACGGAAAUUAAUCACAUCACAAAGGAUCAUCUCCAUUUCACAGACACAGAAUCCCCAGAGAAUGAAUUGAUGUACAUAAUCAGUAAACCAUGUUUUUUCCCAACAAACCAGAGAAUGUACGAUGCAGGCAAGAUAAUUUUCACAGACAGUACAAAGAAUAUGAAAAAGGAUCCUUCCAUCCCUAUGAUGAGAUCAUUUACACAGCAUGCAGUGGACCACAUGAAAGUAGCGUACAUGCCUCCUCUCGAGGAUAUCGGGCCUCAUCCAUUAUUGGUGCAGUUCAUAUUUUCUGUCAAGGAUCAGCAAGGAGGUAUCGUGACUGGAAUUGUCUUUAAAAUCACCAUUAUUCCUGUGGACAACCAACCACCUGAGAUUUUCACUAAUGAAAUAAAAGCUGAAGAAGGUUCAAGCUGCAUGAUCACUGCAGAUAAUCUGAUGGUGACAGAUAAGGAUACGAUUGAUGAGGAUAUCCGAAUCCAGUUGAAACAAAAACCACAGCAUGGAGAUAUUGAACUGCAAGGAAACAUCAUGCAGGAAGGGGAUAUGUUUACACUUGAUGACCUCAAAUCCUUUCAAGUCAGGUACAAACAUGAUGAUUCAGAAACACUGCAUGAUUUAGUUGUGUUUACAGCUACAGAUGGAUUUAACACUGCAGAUGAGGUGCUGAAAGUAAAGAUUAUACCAAUAAAUGAUGAACCUCCAGAGCUACAGAAACAUUUGAAAUCUGGUCUCCAAUGUCCUGAAGGAGAAAGGGUCACCAUUACUUCUGAAUAUCUUUAUGCUACAGAUACUGACAGUAAUGACACGAAGCUGACAUACAUGAUUGCUCGCUCACCGCUAUAUGGAGUGAUAAAAAGAAAUGACGUCACAGUCGACAAAUUCUCACAACUGGAUAUUAUCCAAGGUUUAAUCUCCUAUUGGCACACCGGUGGUGAAAUAGGAUACAAUCCUUGCAUUGAUACUGUCACAGUAAUUGUAUCUGACGCCGAAGCAGGCACAGUGGACAGCUGUUGUUAUGAUGGAUCUCUCCCACCACCAGUGCCACUUCAUGGCUCUCUCCCUUUCUAUGACCUUAACGUCACUGUAAUGCCAGUGAAUAAUCAACCUCCUACAAUUCAAGUUGGGGGUAUGUUUACAGUUGAUGAGGGAUCGCAAGCCAGCUUGGCAUUAGAAUUUCUGUCUGCCACAGAUGAAGACACAGUCGCGGAGAAACUAAUCUUUGUGUUGGAGAGUUUACCCCUGUUUGGAUAUCUAGAAAACACUCUCCCAUCACCAGGGUAUGAAAAAAGCAAUGCUGGAAUAAACAUAGCUUCCUUCAGUCUGCAGCACCUCAGGGCAGGCUACAUCAACUACGUCCAGUGCAGACAUAACCAGAUGGAGCCCACAGCUGACCACUUUAUGGUAUCUGUUAGUGACGCUGUACAUAAAUCUAUAGCAGUGCCAUUUUAUGUCAUCAUCAACCCAAUCAACGAUGAAACUCCAGAUUUGCAGCUGGGAAACAUCACAAUAAUGGAGGGUGAUAUAUGUGUGAUUGGCCCUGGAGUACUGAAUGCAGUGGAUCUGGACAUACCUCAAGAUACAAUGAUCCUCUCUGUGAUUAGACCUCCUGCUCAUGGAGUCCUUCUGAAUGGCAUCUAUGGAAAUGAUGUUGCCAAAUACAGGCAAAUGAAUGCUGAAGUUCUACAAAAUGAUCUGAGGGUACAUAGUUUUAGCAUGGAUGAACUCAAACAAGGAAUGAAGCUUAUGUACAUGCACGAUGACACAGAAACCUUGAAGGAUAGUUUUACCAUUCAACUAACAGAUGGCAAGCAUGCAGUACAAGAGACAGUACACGUCAGCAUUAUAUUAGUCAAUGAUGAGAAGCCAGUUAUUUUAAAAAACACUGGUUUGCAAGUGGAAGUGGGGGAAAACAAAGUUAUUUCCAGUGUGGCUUUAGAAGCUGAAGACAAGGACACACCACGAUUCAAGCUUUACUAUGUCAUCAAUACUGUUCCUACAUUUGGACAGCUUCAAUUCAAGACUGAACUUGAAUGGAUUCAUUUAUAUCCAGGCAUGAACUAUAGUCAAGAAGAUAUAGACCUGAAUCGAGUCUGGUAUCUACACACAACUAUUGUGGGGUUAAAAGGUCAUGACAAUUUUCGCUUUCAUGUUACAGAUGGGGAUAACUCCUCACCUUCACAGUCUUUUCAUAUUUUGCUCAAAAACAUGAAUAAAGGUGGUAUUGUUGUACUCACCAAACCUGUAACUUUAAAAGAGGGUGACAGGGUCACCUUGACGACAGAUGUUCUCAAGGCAACAGAUGGCACUGGCAAACCCGAAGAGCUAUUGUACGCCAUCUCUGUGCCACCUGCACAUGGUCAGAUCGAGUACAUCAAUUAUCCUGGAGUGGCCAUUUCCAGUUUCAGCCAGUUGGAAGUAGCAGCCCAGAAGGUUUGCUAUGUCCAUGACAACAGUCGUGAGGCCAGCACGGAUGGAUUCAGAUUUUUUAUUAGCAAUGGGAUAACAGUUAAAAACAGCUCCAUGGAGUUUAACAUUGAGCGAACUGACCAUAUCAUGCCUACUCUAGUCAAUAAUAAAGGUCUUCAGUUACCAGAUGGAGCCAAAUUGGUCAUCUCUCCUGACAAUCUUCAACUCUCAGAUCCAGAUACUCCCUUGAUGAACCUAACCUACAUUAUUAUCCAGCCUCCUCAGCAUGGCAACAUCUACCUGAAAGAAAACGUUCUUUCCCAGCCCCACUUCACACAGUUGAAUGUGAAUAAUUUGGACAUUUCCUACAAACACAGAGCAGGCUCCUCUGAGCUUGACCAUUUUACAUUCAUUGCUUCUGAUGGAACCAAUCAUGGCUUUUUAGUCAAUGGCCAGAUGACAAAGGAGCCUGUUAUAUUCAGAUUACAGGUGGAGCAAGUUGACAAAGCUUCUCCCUAUAUCCUCAUCAAUCAAAGCCCAACUACAGUUCACAAACUGAAAGAUGGACGUUUUGCUAUCUACAUCACAGCCCAGAACUUAAAAUCCUCAGAUGUGGACAGCAAACAUGAGGAGCUGAUCUAUACGAUUCUCCGUCCACCUUUCUAUGGAUACUUGGAAAGUACUACUACAGGUGGAUACAUUCAAGGCUCAUUUACCCAGAAAGAGGUGGACAGACGUACAAUUCGCUACAUCAUCAGUCCCUCCAUAGAACUGACAUCUGACAGCUUUGAGUUCAAAGUAUCUGACACUGCAGGAAACUCUAAUGCACCAGAAAUAAUGGAACUGAAGUGGUCCAGGAUUGAAAUGUCUGCAAGUUGCUAUACAGUCUGUGAGAACAUCGGAACUCUCUCCAUAAAGGUUAUCAGGAAAGGAUUCAGUGCUGAUCCCUCUUACAUUGGUAUAACGGUUCAGGGGUUAUCAGCUACAGUUGGCAGAGACUUUACACAUAGCUCAGCGAGUUUAAUUCAGUUUGAUCCUGGUAUUUCCAUAAAGGUGUGGAAUAUUUUUAUUCACAAUGAUGGACUUGAAGAGAAUAAUGAAAAGUUGAAGGUGCAGCUGAAGACACCAAUGAAUGCCAUCCUUGGGCAGAAGGAUGUCUCUUUGGUGGAAAUUGUGGAUUUGCGUGGAGGCAGAUGUGAUCAUACUGAUUUGAAAACAAGAGGAGAUGAUUAUAAUGGUCACAUGGACAGUGGUUUAAGUGAACUCACGAAGACGUCUGCCAACUCACCCACUGAUAAAAAAGAAGGAAUAUUCAAUGAGAGAGAAAGAUUAUUCACAGACCCCGAUCUGCACAAGAAUCAUCAUACUCACCCUCCAAGGGGUGAUGUUCCUCAUAUGGACCAUUUUUUGGACUAUUAUGGAACACGGAUCAGAGAUGAUGUCUCUCCAGUGACACCCAGUACACAACUUCAGGCUUUUGGAAGCAGCAGAGUGAUUCCUCCCUCAUCGAUUCAGAGAGAGAAUGGGGAGAUUGUGUGGAGAUAUCAUGGGAUGGUGCCAAUAAGAAUUGAAGAAGGAAAAUUGCCUCACUUCUCUCAAACCAGAGAAUAUCAGGCACCAGACCUGCUCCAGAAAGACCUCCCAUCGAAAGCUGAAAACAUUCAAUCAAUCAGCAACAACGAUCAGGCAAAUCAACAAAUGGAAUGUCCUUCAGGCUGGACCCAGCACAAGAAACAUUGUUAUAUUUUGAAUCCUGAGAGAAAUGCAACCUGGCAAGGAGCUGAAAUGGCCUGUAGGCAAAUGUUUAAUGCUAAUUUAGUCAGUGUACAUUCCAGAAAAGAACUGAAGUGGCUUUGGAAGUUUGCCAGAAGACAGUCAUUUUGGAUUGGUUUAAUAGCUGAGACUGGCUCUGGAAAUUGGAGAUGGACUAAUGGAAGACCAGUAACCUUUACAAACUGGAAGAAAAAUAAGCCUUCAAUACGAGGAAAUAUUCAGCUGAGAUGUACUCUUGUCCAACAUGGAGGCAAAUGGGUGACUAGACUAUGUAAUGAAAAAAAGGAUAGGUAUAUCUGCUGUACUUCUGUAUCAAGACCUUAACCAGGCCACCUUAAGAGAGGUUAUGUGUUUGCAAAUGUCUAGGGUAAAUGCUUCAAAAUGCAAAAUACAGAAUCGCUGACUACCUUUAUAUGCAAAUAAUGACAAUCUUAAAUAUUUCUUUCAGGUAUUUGCCAUUCAAAUAAUUGUUAGCCAGCUGCUCAAACAGAAAAUGCAGACUCUAUUGUUUAUGCCCUAUUGAGUGACUUAUUGUGAAGUACUAAAAAACAUAUUUUGAAUGUAUGUUAAAUUUCAAUGGUGAAUGAUAAAUCCCUAUAUAAUGACCAUUAAAGUGAGUAAAAGAUGCCUGCAAGUGGAAAUUCCUAAAAAAUCAAAUAAUUAAAGUUAUCUUUCAGAUACAAGUAGGAUACAAAAUAAUUAUCUCUACAAGAAAAAUAAUUCAAUUUGAGGUAAGCCCAAUAUUGCAAUUUAAUUUGCUAUUCAGUUUAAUAAUCAUGGAUUAGUUGAAUUGUUCUGGCCAGUGUAUUGCAACAUUGUCAAUUUGCAGAAAAUUAUUCUUUCUGUAGAUAUUUUCACAUGUAUUACCUAAAAGGAUAAAUUUAUGACUUAUUUUGAACUAACAACCAGAGGACUAAUUUAUAAAUAUGCCUAAAAUAUUGCUGCAUGUGGUGAUGAAACAAUUCUUACCCAUUUAUGUAAUUUCAACACAAACAUUAGAUUCUUCCGACUGGAAUUUUCCUCAUUCCUCUCACACUCUUACUUCCCCAGUAAAUAGAAUCAAAUAUUAGCCAGAGCUUUGUAUUAAAUAUCCUUUGCUGUUGAUAUUACAGCAUCUGCCAACAACACUUCAGAGAAAUUAUCAAUGAAACUACAGCAUGUGUGAAAUUAUUGCUUAUCAGCACGAUUGAGGGUUUUGUCAUUGUGGCAGUCACAAGAAGUACAUAAUGUUCUUGUAUUUUUGUAAAUUAAAAUUUAUCUCAUGGAAUUCAACUCCAAUUAGUCUUCUAAGACCACAAAACUUCACUCCUACUCUUUUCAAACUUCGGCUGAUAUCCACAUUAUGUAAUAUCAACACAUUAUUUUUUUCAAUAAAUAAAAUAGUAAUGUGCAUCAAUAGCAUACUUUUGCCUUUAUUUUCUUCAGACAAGCAUUUUA